UCGGCCCGCCCUUCUCCCCUCCCUCUCGUCCAAUUUCUCUCUCCUCCCGUGCCCCAGCCCCUCGGCCGGGCCAGGCGAGGCAGGAGCGGCCGCUGUCGGCGCCCAGCCCGUUCCCUCCGGGGAUGCGGGAGCCGCGGAGCGCUGCCCCUGGGAGCGCUGCCCGGCUGAGGGGCACCGGAGGGCACCAUGAGCGGCGGCAGGUUUGAUUUCGAUGAUGGAGGCGCCUAUUGCGGGGGCUGGGAGGGGGGCAAAGCCCACGGGCACGGCAUCUGCACCGGCCCCAAGGGCCAGGGCGAGUACUCGGGCUCCUGGAACUACGGCUUCGAGGUGGUGGGCAUAUACACGUGGCCCAGUGGCAACACCUACGAAGGCUACUGGUCCCAAGGCAAGAGGCACGGCCUGGGCAUCGAGACCAAAGGACGGUGGGUUUACAGAGGCGAGUGGACCCAUGGCUUUAAGGGACGGUACGGAGCGAGGCAGAGCAUGAGCAGCGGAGCCAAGUACGAGGGUACAUGGAACAAUGGCCUGCAGGAUGGCUACGGCACCGAGACCUACGCUGACGGAGGCACGUACCAGGGCCAGUUCACCAGCGGCAUGCGGCACGGCUACGGCGUGCGCCAGAGCGUGCCCUACGGCAUGGCCUCGGUGGUGCGCUCGCCGCUGCGCACCUCGCUCUCGUCGCUGCGCAGCGAGCACAGCAAUGGCACGCUGCCGCAGCAGGACUCGCCCGCCGCCAGCCCCGACAGCCUGCCGCUCUCGCCCACCAUCACCCGCGGCGGCUUCGCGCUCAGCCUCUACGCGGACGCGGCGGCCGGCAAGCCCAAGAAAGGCGGGCUCUUCCGCAGGGGUUCCCUGCUGGGCAAGCUGAAGAAGUCCGAGUCCAAGUCGUCGCUGGCCAGCCAGAAGAGCCGCGUCAGCUUCCUCAAGAGCGAGAGCGGGAUCAGCUCGGCCGCCAGCGACGCCACCUCCACCGUCAGCCUGGGCGAGGGCGCCGAGGGCGAGGAGUACACCCCCUUCGAGUCCGACAUCGACGCCACCACCACCGAGACCUACAUGGGCGAGUGGAAGAACGACAAACGCGCCGGCUUCGGCGUCAGCGAGCGCUCCAGCGGGCUCAAGUACGAGGGGGAAUGGCUGGACAACCUGCGGCACGGCUACGGCUGCACCACGCUGCCCGACGGCAAGAAGGAGGAGGGCAAGUACCGCCACAACGUGCUGGUCAAGGGCAUGAAGAAGCGUGUGUUGCCCCUCAAGAGCGCCAAGAUCCGGCAGAAGGUGGACAGGAGCGUGGAGGGGGCUCAGAGGGCCGCGGCCAUCGCCCGGCAGAAGUCAGAGAUUGCGGCAUCCAGGACAGCUCAUGCCAAAGCCAAGGCUGAAGGGUCUGAGCAGGCAGCUCAGGCAGCCAACAAUGAAUCAGGCAUAGCCAGAAUGAUGGCCAGGGAGCUCUCCCCAGACUUCUACCAGCCAGGCCCCGAGUACCAGAAGCGGAAGCUGCUGCAGGAGAUCAUCGAGAACGCGGAGCACGCGGUCAACAUGGAGGAGGCGCCGCCGCGGCCCGAG